AUGCCCGCCACUCUCCCGAUUCAGAGCCGUCGGAGCACAGAUUCUAGAGGCAGCAGCGAUUGGAGUCUGGACUCUGCACAGCCGCCGGCCAUUGCCUUUUUCAAUGUCUCGCUAACCCUUUUAGCCAGUAAUUCGAACAAUAAACACGCUAAACGCGAGGCAUCUAUUACCCUGGCCAUUAACGCCCUAAAUGCUAAACAAGUCUAUAGUAUUCGACAAGCCGCAAAGCUCUUUAACGUUCCUGCUUCUACCUUAUACAAUCGCUUUACCGUAACUAGAGUUAAAGAUAAGAAGGGAUUAGCUAUAGUAAUUAUAUCUUAA